AUGGAUAAGACUCUGCGCUCCCAAUGUCUGAAGGUUCUCCAUGCUGACUUCCUGAGAAAGGAUGCCAUUCCUCACCACACGUUGCAGUUCCAGAUGUGCAAACUCUGCUCUGUCAGAACGGUCUCCAUUCUCUUCAGCCAAGACGAGAUAAGUACCUACUAUGUUCUGGGCCGAGGGCCCCCUGCUCAGCAUGGACGACAGGACGUCACGGUCCCCAACAUCAGGCUGAAUCUUGGUGUUUGCAACAACAUCGUGAUGGAGCUGGACCCGAGAUCAUCAGACAGACGUCCCGGGCAGGCAGCCAUUCACAAUGAGUCCGGUGUGGAGGUGAGGGCCCCCAGGCUGUUGCGUCAAGGUGGUGGUCGGCAGCCCCCACAGGCUGUCAUAGGCAAGUACCACCUGCCAGUGAAAAGUGGAAACAAACAUAUCUUCAAGUCUGAAGAAAAUAUGUUGCACAGGUUUCUUUUCAACCCAUGGUGUGAGGGCCAGGCAGCUUCCUCCUGUGAAAGGGCUGCCUGUGUCCAGGGGGUGGACGAUAACCCCACGUGCAUGUGUGCCCUUGCUUCAGAGGACGUGGUUUUCACGGCUGAUGAGACAGAAGCAUUGGGCAUCCCAGCACGCAGCAUGACCGCCUACGAUUCAGCCCAUGACACUGAAAAUAGCCUCAUGGUAGACACCUACCUGAAUGAGAAAGGCGCCAUCUCUAGCAUGACUGAGAUUCCAUCUGACAGGUCUCUGCCCUUCAGAGUGUCUUCUUGCUGGUUUUGUGUCAGUCCUUCUUUAAGUAGGGCUUUUAGGCCUGGGGAGAGGCAAGCAGGCCUUGCACCUCUUUUUAAAAAUGCCCUCAUUGAGGUUUUUGUAUUAUCUGACCAGCCGAUUCAACUUGCUAUGACCUUCAGUGCUUCCCAGUGCUCCCCAAAUGAAAUAGCAGCUCCUCAGCCUGGCCUUCCAGCCCCUUCAGAGUCAGCCUCCAGUUCCUUUCCUGACUUUACACCCCAACUGCAUGUCAUGGACCAUGCCUUCUGCCUCCGCAGUUAUGAGAGCGAGUACAGACUACCCCAAAAAGAGGACCUUCUUUAGAUGUAUGUCCACGCAGAUCCUGUGCUGCUGGGAAACCCUAUCAAGUUCACCAUCACUCUCAAAAGAAAGACAGCUACCAAAGACUGUCACAUCUCGGGCUCCCCUGAACUGCAGACAUACAUGGGCAAAAACGCCACCAGCCUGGGCAUCCUUCAUAAGACCACGCAGAGGCAAGGUCAAGCAUCUGAAGAGACUCUGCCCUUGGACUCCAAUACCUACAUGGAGGCUAUGUUUGAUGAUGAACCAAUCAUCAAAAGUUUCAUAAUUGCAGGAAUUCUAGAGUCCAAGGAAACGACCGCCUCUCAGGAGUUUGCAUCUUUCCAGUACCCUGAGCUCCCCGUAGAGUUUUGGUUCUAUUUCUCUGCUUUUACUUACCAUGAAAACAUGUACCUGCCUCACACAUCUUCUCCCCCGCUUCUCAUCCCCGCCCCACCACAGCUGCCUGACACAGGCAGAAGUGGCCAGCCACUUAUCGGCACUUACAUCUUCUAAAAUGCCCUGCACAUCUCUUUGACAGACACCAAGUCCUCUGUAGAAAGCCUGGGCGUCUCCCCGCUGCAGACCAUUGACCAAGGGGUGAUGCAUGUCUGUGUGUCUGAAUUUUCCAGGACAGUGAAGCCAGGUGAGACCAUUAGAUUCCAAAUAAAAGGCAUCCCAACAAUAGCUGGACUUGAGAAAUUUAUCAAGUUUAGUUCCAAUCAGGUGAAAGAGCUUCAUGCUGAGAAGACUGUUCUCAUCACAACUAGCCUUUGCCUGAUGCCUUGGAAAGAGGCAGCAGCUCUGACUGGCUCUAAGCCUUGGCUGAGCGUUUCAGCAUUUCCUGCUUUGGGAUUAGCUUUCGGAUAAUUAGAUUUUAUUACUCAUUAGAUUUCAGAUGA